AUGCCUGAGGGUCAAAGUAGUGUGGAAGAGAUGAAAUCUGUAGGUGUGGGGGUUGGCAUUUUGGCUAGGUUGCUGACGACGUCAACAGCGAUACGGGAGCUAGAGAGGCAAAGAUUCCAAGAGGCGAAGUAUGACGAAUAUGAGCGCGGCAAGGCAGGGAUUAAGGAUUUGACACAGCCACAGCCAAGUGCCUCGUUCCUGGCUGACCGGAUCAAGCGGACGCAAAAUGUCACCACGCUCCGCCCUGUGCUGCUCAGGGACAAACUGUCAUCAUUCUUUGUGGGCGAAUUUCUCUUGAAAGGCUGGGAUCUCGUGAGUGUGGCUUGGUGGCUUGUUCUAACGUCCACCGGGAAGAGCCGACGGCUAGUUGGAUACGCAGACUUCUUCCUAGAAUUAGGGAGAAUGCCAACAGGACGCAAGUUUCUGUCCGGAAAUACGGAUCCCAUGUGUGCCUCGAGGCUCCUUUGGCAGCCGGAUGGGGCAAUCAGUGGCCCGGAUCGCGAGCCUAUCGCAAAUUCAACGCAGGCAGUGCAGAGUCUUCUGUCAGACGAGUCGGUAAGGGAGCCAGAAUUCUCUGUCCAGCAUAGUCGCGGUUGUGGAGAACGGCACAGCUUGACGGGAGUUGGCUUUUUCGACAGCGCGGUGUUGGAUCAGAUAUCCAGCUGCAUGAUGCAAACAGGGUCUUCGGACUGCCCUUCGCUGCUGAGGGCCGUUUUCAGACACUCAAUAGGAUUUCUGGCUUUGCUUUUGACUGAACCUCGAGGAUUCUCGCGUCUCCGAGGAUCUGUCUUUGCCACUUUCGUACAGACCGCUCAUGAAAAUAACGACUACAUAGAGUCCCGGCGCUGGCCAAACAACUGUCGCCGGUGGUCCGCACUUGCUCCUGAACACGCUGCGAACCGUCAUCGUCCCCCUCAAAUCAUCGACGAGGAAAAACGGGGUCUGCGGAGGGCAAGACCAGGGAUCGCGCAUUGUUGUUCGAGGCCCCGAUCGCAAAUGAUGUUGGGAGCCAAUGAGAGCAGAUAUAAGCAUGCCUCAGAAAUAAUAGUUGUUGCUUGCAGCCGUCCAACUCGAUCCCAAAAAUCCUUUGGGCCUUUUUUUGCUCUUUCUCUCUCUCUUACUCUGCUGCUGCUGCUACUGCCGCUGCUCUGCAAUGUGCCCAGUAUCGCUCAUAUCCGCAGUAGUUCCGGCUCAACCUUGUCUGCCCCUGCGCUGGGCCGUCCUCGUUGCUGCGACCGCCAAAAUGAUCCGACUCGCAACAUCGCGGCGCGCCAGCCCAGCCCGGAGACGCAAUCGCUCAACCACCGACCGCGAGCAAGCUUCAUUGAUCAAUGGCCACCAUAUUCGUUUCGCAGCGACAUUUCUCUUAUCAUAUGUGACGCGCUUUUGAUCAUUGACACCAGCCAUCGUCCUACCUUCGCCUGUGCGCCGCACUUGGACGCCCAAGAGCAGCACUGGGAGGUUGCCCUCCAACUGGCAGGCGAGCCUCUUCAUCACGGGUUCCGCGAUCAACCUAGGAACACCAACCUCAACACUAAACGAAGUCAUCCGAAAUCCUUCGCUUCGCUAAGAACGUGGAACCAUAUCGAAAAUGAAAGCUUAAAACGAGGAAAUGAGUUACGAACUGGGGAAUUCGAAUGUUGGCCAUCGCUAGCCUGCAGAUCAAAACUGCCCGUCUUUCUUUCCAAUACAGGCUCAUCAGAAGUCAUGAAGUUUGCCGAAAAUCAGAUCCAUGUCGAGUCGACUACCUACUUUGAUAAGCCUCACGUCGACAGGAGCUUAUAG